AUGCCUCUCUCUCUUUCAAUCUCCCUUUUCAGUCUUUCUUUUUGUCAAUAUCUCUCUCUUCUUUUCAGUCUCUCUCUUUCUUUCAAUCUCUCUCUCCCGUUCGGUCUCUCUCUCUUUCUCAAUCUCUCUCUCCUCUUCAAUUCUCUGUCUCCCUUUCACUCCCUCUCUUUCAAUAUUCCUUUCACUUUCACUUUCACUUUCUUUUUUUUCAGUCUUUCAUUCUCUCCCUUUCAAUCUCUAUAUUCCUUUCAGUCUCUCUUUCUCUUUCAAUUUCUCUCUCCAUUUAAUCUCUCCUCUUUUGAAUCUCUUACUCUACUUUCACUCUAUCUCCCUUUCAAUAUUUAUUUCUUAAUCUCUCCCCCUUUUAAUGUCUCUCUUCCUUUAAGUCUCCCUCUUUUUUCAAUCUCAUCCUCUUUCAAUCUCUCUUUCUCUCAAUAUCUCAGUCUCUAUUUUUUAAUCUGUCUCUCCCACUCUCUCGUUCAAUCUCUUUCUCCCUUUCACUCUCUGUCUCCCUUUCAGUCACUUACUCUAACUUUCAAUCUCUCUCUAUUCCUUUCAAUUUCUCUUUCACUUUCAAUCUCUCUCCCUCUCUUUCAAUCUCUCUUUUUUAAUAUCUCUCUCCCUUACAAUCGUCUCUCUCGCUUUUUCAGUCUCCCUUUUUUCAGUUUUUUUUCUUUCAAUAUAUCUUUCUUCUUUUCAGUCUCUCUCUUUCUUUCGGUCACUCUCUCUCAAUCUUUCUCUCCCCUUCAAUUCCCUGUCUCCCUUUCACACUCUCUCUUUCAAUCUCUCUCCUACUCUCUCUUUUUCAAGAUCACUUUCACUUUCAAUCUCUCUCUUCUUUUCAGUCUCUCUCCCUUUCAGACUCUCUCUCGUUCAAUCUCUCUGCCCAUUUCAAUCUUUCUCUCUCUCUCAAUCUAUCUUUUUCAAUAUCUCUUUCACUUUCAAUCUCCCCUUUUCAAUCUCUCUCUUCCUUCAAUCUCUCUCUCCCUUUCACUCUCUCUCAAUCUCUCUCUUUCAACAUCUCUUUCACAUUCAAUCUCUCUUUUUCAAUCUCUUUUAUUUUAUUUUCACUCUCUCUCUUUCAAUUUUUCUCUUUCAAUCUUUCUCCCUUUCAAUCCCCUGCCCCCCUUUCACUAUCUCUCAUUUGCAAUAUCUCUUUUACAUUCAAUCUCUCUUUUUCAAUCUCUCUCACUUCUUUUCUUCUUUUCACUCUCUCUCUUUCAAUUUUUCUCUUUCAACCUCUCUAGCCCUUUCAAUCACUCCCUCUUUCAAUUUAUCUCUCCUUUUUAG